AUGUCGUCCUCACCCUCGCCCGGGCCCAGCCUUGCUGAAUCUCGUCGUGCUACAUCACCUCCCGGUACAACAGCUGAAGGCUCGGAACCAUCGAGUCCCUCCGCCACACGGGAAUCGUCAGUAGAAUCGACAGAAGCUUCGACUCUCCCGACCCCAUCGCGUGCAAGUACCAAAACAUCUGCAGCGGCCCAGGGUGCUUCAGACCCAGCGCAAUCCGCUCAGGCAACCUCCAAGAGCAAGCAAUCCCCUACAGUCUUCAACAGCACCCCUGUGAAGGCAUCGCGCCAGCCUCAUUCUAUCUCCAAGCCAAACAGACAAGGGAACACCGAGGGUCAGCUUCCUCCUUACGCUAAAGAGAUGAGGUCGAAGACGGUGGAGAUGAAGUUUGACGAGUUCAUGGCGCGCUACAUGCCGGGACUUGACGUCCCGUCGACGUCCGCGCCUAACAUACCCGACUUCGACAUGGAUAAGCUUAUGGGAAGGGAGAACGAUGUCUGUAUUGAACUGUGCAGAGUUGCUCAGGAAAUUUUCGACAAUAGUCACGAAGGCGAGAAGCUGGUUGCGAAGAACACGCGCGACCACCCAGACUCCAGCGAUCGCAACGACUACGCGGAGCAGAACAGAGUCGACGUCUCAUUCUACCCGGCGGGCGGCCGUGCUGAGGAUGACUACCGGCUUACGGGAAGCAAAAACUUGGCGCAGUUUCGGGCGUCCACUCGCUGGGCUUGGAUCUCCUUGCUGGUAGAGAUCAAGACGGAGCACGACAAAUGCGCGUUCGAUUUCGUCAACAAGGAUGGCAGGAAGAAACGUGGUGACUCUGAGGAGCCUCACGACAACGAAGGCAAUGACGGCGUCGCCGAGCACCACGACGACCCUGCGGAGCUCGGGGCUGCAGACAAGGGAAAAGCAAGGGCGAACACGGGCGGUGGAGGCGGCAGGGGUAGAGGCAGGGGGAGGGGAAGGGGACGAGGACGAGGACGGGGUAGGGGCAAGGGCAGGGGAAAGACGACCGGGGGCAAGGGCAAGGGCAAGGCGACCGACGCCCGUGACGACUCUGAUGUCGAGGAUUCUCCGAUGACACCGGUCAACGAGACCGCGCCGCUCGAGGAGUCGACCAGCAAAAAGAAUACAACGCCGCCGGUACCGCGGCCGUUUCUUCCCUCUGGGUCGGGCGCGAAUGAGGCCCUAGCACAGAUGGCGGAGUACGUCGCGAAGAUCUUUCGGAGGCAGCACCGGCUGCAUGUCUUCGCGCUCUUCAUCUACAAGGGCCAGGCUCGUGUCGUUCGCUGGGACCGCGCCGGUGCCAUCGUCUCUACGCCAAUUGACUUCGCAGAGGUCCCAUCGCUGCUCCACCUGGUCAUCUGGCGGUACGCGUGUAUGAGCCAAGAGCUACGUGGCUUCGACCCAACUGUGGUUCCGGCCACGAAGAAAGAAAUCGAGGAUAUGCGGACUUGCAGCGCACCGAAUCCGUGGGCCAACAUGCGCCGUCACGAUGCCCUCGAUCAGCGUGGGUGGCCAGUCUACAAGAUCCAAAUGCAGCCCGACGACCUCGUAGACCAAGGCGUCCUGAAGCCCAUCACAGACAACAUCCGCAAGGAUGAGGACUCCGACACUGGAGGCCGAACCAAGUCUCGGGACCAAGGGUGUUUCAUCGUAGGGAAGCGAUACUUUGCCACCGACUCCCCCACAGGACGAGGGACGAAGUGCUACAUCGCCUACGAGGUAUCCCGUAAGCGCCUGGUCUUUCUGAAGGACUACUGGCGUACCGAAACCCCGUCGACGAAACCUGAGGGCAAGGUGUUAGAGGAGUUGAGGGCCGCUGGCGUGCAGAAUGUGCCCACGCCUAUAGCCGAAGGGGAUGUGCUGUCAACGUCGGGCUGUGUGCAAACGACGCUCACUCACGAGUUGCUGCCAGAAGACGAAGAGACCAAGCGUCGGCCCGUGGUGCAACAUCAUUAUCGCUUGGUCAUCAAGGAAAUCGGUCGUCCUCUAGACAAACUUGCCAACGCACUCGAACUGGUCGGAGUUGUUUAUGAUGCGCUCGAAGCGCAUAGGCAGGCGUGGGAGCAGCAAUACCUGCAUCGCGACAUCAGUGCGGGUAACAUCCUCAUCCUCGACUACCAAGACGAGGCCGGUAAUUGGCAUUUUCUGGGCGUUUUGAUCGACUGGGAUCUAUGCAAAUUCGUGGGUUAUUUAAAAACGAUAUCGCGUCCUGGGCGUUCAGGCACGUGGCAAUUCAUGUCUGCCAGACUCCUCGCGAACCCUAAAAAGGAGCACGAGGUGUCAGACGACAUCGAGUCCGCCGUACACGUUCUGUGCUGGAUGUGCCUUCGGUUCUUCAAACACCGUACCACCAAGAAGCCUGAACAGCUGCGACAACAGAUACUCAAUGUGUACGAGGUGUACGACGAUGUAAAGAGUAACGAAGACAUCGGCGGCGAGGGGAAGCUCGCACUUAUGCUGACCGGAUCUAGCGGUGUCUUCCUCGACGCCGAGGACAGUGCCCUCGGCGAGCUCCUGGCCAAGCUCGCUUCGAUGUGUCAAGCACACUAUCUGGCGUUGAAAGCCCAGGAAGGCAAGCCUAAGCAACACUCCGCGUCCGUCACAAAUAGCGCCAUGUCGGCCGCCAUAUUCGCCCGCGUCCGUAAGAAUCCUACAGUUCUGGAGGCCCCUGAAGCCCAGCCGUCAGCCCAGCCAACGCCGUCUCUGAAGCUCUCCAAUCACACUGCCAUCCUCAUCAUCGUUGGUAACGCCCUGGAAACGGGAGCUGAGUCCUUGACGUCGCUGGAGAUGACGGAGGACCAGUUCGCCGCCUUUUACAACUCCCCGGUACAGCAACGCAAUCGCGAGCGCUCGAGCCAAGUGUCCUCGGGAUCAAAGCGAGAGUUGGAGGGUCCAGCACAGGAGGGGCAGUCUAGUCGUUCGAAGAGAGCGAAGACCACGGCGUCGGGCGGGCUGGUGUCGUUGCCCGAGUAAUGGCCAGUUGUUGUGCACGUAUGUGUUCGAGUGUUGGUGUAAAAUUCAGGGCCCCAAGUUUGCGAUAUAAACAUCAUACGACUGCUGU